UUCUUCAAUCAAGAAGCAAGAGCAUUGCAUUGUGUCUGGUGCUAAUAUAAAAACAGAUUACUGUCGGAUAUUUAUUAAUAUAAAAUAUAAAAAAUUGAGUUUAAAAGUUAUAAAAACAUUUUUAACUUAAAGAGCCUUACCAAAGCCUCCGUUUAGUACAAAAAUGUUUUUCUCAGUGCUCUAUAAUAAUACUGGAAUAUUAUUCGUAGGAAUAAUCGCAUCCUAUAUUUUUAUAUUAUUUGACCGCCGGAAGAGAGCAAUUAACAGAAUCAGACAGUUAACUUUAAACAAUUUUAAACGCAAAAUUGUUCAAGCCCCUGGUCCGCAUCCUUGGCCAAUAAUCGGAAACUUAGAUAUUGUCAGCAAAUUUAUUAAUCCCUUCAAGGGGUUUGGAACAUUGACAAAGCACUAUGGGGAUAUUUACUCUUUAACCCUUGGUCAAACACGCUGUUUUGUCGUCAAUAACUUGGAGUUAAUAAAAGAAGUCCUAAAUAAGAAUGGAAAGUUUUUUGGAGGUCGACCAGAUUAUUUACGUUAUCAUAAGCUAUUCGGAGGUGAUCGAAAUAACUCUCUUGCCCUUUGCGACUGGUCAUUGUUGCAACAGAAACGUCGGAACUUGGCCCGACGACACUGCUCUCCUAGAGAAACAUCAUCAUAUUUCGCAAAAAUGUCUCGUAUCGGCUGCAAUGAAAUCGAUAAUUUAAUGCAAAAUUUAAAAAACGCCAUUAAGCCUGGCAAACCCCUUGAUUUGAAACCUCUUAUUCUUAAAGCAUGCGCAAAUAUGUUUAGUCAAUAUAUGUGCUCAAUGCGGUUCGAUUAUGAAGACAAAGAAUUUCAACAAGUUAUUUUGUAUUUCGAUGAAAUUUUUUGGGAAAUCAAUCAAGGACAUCCAUUAGAUUUUUUACCUUGGCUCUUGCCUUUUUACAUAUAUCACACGCAAAAAAUAUGUCAUUGGUCUUCCACUAUUCGCAAAUUUAUUUUGGAGCGGGUAAUUAAUGAAAGAGAGUUGCAUAUCGAUAUAGAUGAACCUGACAUUGAUUUUACAGAUGCGCUCUUGAAGAGUCUUAUAGAAAAUAAAAACGUGUCACGUAAUACAAUAAUUUUUAUGCUAGAAGAUUUUAUCGGUGGUCACUCAGCUGUUGGAAACUUAGUUAUGCUAGCUCUUGCUUACGUAGCCAAGGAUCCUGUUAUAGGAAAAAAAAUUCAAUGCGAAAUCGAUUGUGUAUCCGAAAGCAGUCAACGAACUAUUACCUUACAUGAUAUGGAUAAAAUGCCUUAUACCAUGGCUACCAUACUGGAAGUCUUACGAUACUCAUCAUCACCUAUUGUUCCGCAUGUAGCCACAGAGGAUACAUCGAUAUCAGGUUAUGGCGUUACUAGCGGCAGUAUUGUUUUUAUAAAUAAUUAUGUGCUAAACAUGAGCCAUAAGUACUGGAAGGAUCCUGAUAGAUUUCAACCAGAAAGGUUUUUAGAAGAAGUGACUAGCAGUGUGUCAAUGCCACCAAAAUGCCAUGAGAAAAGGAGAUGCUCCGAAGAGUCUGAUUCAGGUAUUGAGUUUGAAAAAGAUGCAAGAAUACACAAUUCAUCUGUUCAACAUCGAUAUAUACCAAGCAAGCUAAAUAAACAAAAUAUGAGAGAAAACUAUAAGCCAAAAAAAAUGCAACUUAAAAAAAAUAUUCCCCAUUUUUUGCCUUUUAGUAUUGGUAAGCGCACAUGCAUUGGACAAAAUUUGGUGCGUGGAUUUGGAUUUGUUUUGUUAGCCAAUAUAAUACAAACCUACAAUAUAAAUAGUGUUGAUCUUUCAACAAUUAAAAUAAAACCUGCUAGCGUAGCGUUACCUACAAUUUGCUUUCCGUUAGUAUUAACACCAAGAGUAUAAUAUUCAAUUUUAUAACAAUGGUUGAAACACGUAUAUAAUAUUCAACAUACAUACAUACAUUUAAUUUAAAUUGAAUUAUUUUAGUGAGGUAGUGCAAUUGUAUUUGUUUUAAUGGCUUUCUGUUUUUGCUCACCCAUUUAAAGUAUUGCAUUAAGAAGUAAUGAAGCAUAUUAAAUUAUUAAAGAUUAUAAAUAGCUUAUUAGCCGAUUACCAUGAUUCACGUAAAGCUUAAAAGCAUAUUCUAUACAUAUAUAUUCUAAAUAUUUUUCG